AGUAGCCGCCGCCGCGCCGAGCCUCGCCCGACAUCGCGGCUGACAUUGCGUGGACAUGCCCGGUAGACCGACACGGACGUUCUUUCCCACAGACCACGCACCAACCAGUCGAACUUCGUCAAGAAGCACUCGACGUUACCCGGCUCGAAGACUAUCGAAUUGUUAUUGGAAGUGGAAGGAACCCUCAUUCCUCGCAUUUCGUGGAAGUGGCGGCCCAAAAACUUCGGCAGCUUUGCAGUGGAUGCUUGGGCGGAGAUCAACAUGCCGCCCCCCCCGAACAGCCAUCGACGACCCUCGAAGAGACUGGCUGUGGGGCGGCGUAGGGGUACCAUUCCCACUUAUCAGGUUAUCUUCUCUCAGGGUUGAAAUUCAGGACAAGAUCUUAACCUGGCUGACCUCAACAGACGAUUGGUGGGCCGUAACGGGUACCUGUCCUACUCUAGGGACCCUUCGCACCGCUCGAAGCUUAAUGCCAACCUCGGAUCCCUCCCGUCGCCCAUCCCCGAUGCGACACCCUUGCGCACGUCGGAAACGACGUCGACAUGGUUUGACCGGAACAGGCUGCGCGUGGCCACCGGACAUCCCGCUCUUCUCGUGGAGUAUGAUCCGGACACCAAUGUCGGGAUGAUAUUCCUAGCCACCAGCAAGCAAAACAUUCGCAUCACCGUUUCCUCCCUCUCCCCCAUCCGAACAACCAGGCGACGGAUGCCCUGCCGACCCUCCCGC